UUUUUUGAUGUCAUAAUGCAAAUUCAUUGUCCAGCUUAAAUAAUGUAAAUAAUAAAUAUUUUUAAUUUUCACUGAUUUUAAUCGUGUUUGAUAUCAAAAGUUUUUGAUAUCACUUAUCAAUGUAUUAUAAAAUAAUGAUAGUAUAUUAUCUAUGUAUAAAAUGUCAAUAUUCUAACUUAUCCCAAAACAUAUUAUUCAUAUUGAUGACAAGAUGAUUAACACAGUCACAGAAACUAUAGUAACACAUUAUAAAUUUGAUGAUGAAGCAUUAGAAGAGUCACAAUUGAAAUCUGAAAUAGAACUUUGGAAAGAGAAAUGGAACAGAAUAAAAAGUGAAGAUGGAGUUGUUCUUACUGAUGCAUUAACAUCUAUGGACCAGUGUAAUGAAAUAUUAUAUCCAAAUAUUAAAAAAAUACUACAUAUUAUUGCUUGGUUGCCUGUUUCUGUAGCUUCUGCUGAGCGGUACGAUACUGAUAGGCACUAUUGGAAAGGAGUAUGGAAAUCUGAUUGCGGUGCUACAUCUCAAACCGUUCGAAAGACACAGCAACCGAACAUUAAAGUAACAUGCUAA